GACCUGGCAAUUACGCAUCCUGGGAAGCUGACUCCUACUUACUACCUACUACCUACCUACCACCUAAGGUCCGUGAACGCCUGGAAACCUCAAGAGCGACAGGGAAAGAACACCGGUCUUUUAUCGCCGAAAGUAAAUCGCCACUGCCCUCUACCAGAUGACAAUCACGCACCAAAAAAAAGGAGAAGCAUUUAAGCUAAAGGUUUGCAAUUGCUAACUAACAAUAUUGCUACUGUUAUUGCUGUAUGCUUCCAUUCUCAGGAGGGAAUCAACAAUCCAACUUUUUUUUUAUUAGUCACCUCGGUUUUUCUAUUUCUAAUUAACCUACCUACAUUCCUCAGACCGGAGGAAGAGGAAGAAGUAAAAAAAGAAAAAAAAAAAGUCGAAAAGAAACGAAAAGAAAUAAUGGCAUACAGAGUAGUAUCACAACCGGAUCUAGAUCCUGCGCAUGGAAACGCAUUUGCCAGCGUCGCCGACCUCUUCGACUACAAUAUCCUCAACCGACCUGUUUCUUUCGGACGAUCAUCUACUCCUACGCAUUUGACACCUUUCAGUCCGAAUCAGCAAGAUCACUCGAGUAACCGGUUACCCUCUUUACCUGACCUACUACUGAACGAUUACCAAUUUUCUACCGCCUCCGGUUCCUUCCAACAAGUUCAUUCUUCCGUACCUCACUAUUCGCCCCGCCGUUAUCCGACUCAAGAACGCAACCGAUCACCACCCGCGAAUUACAAUAACCACAGCGAAGGAAGGCCUAGUUGGGCGCCUUCUCGACUAGGAGUUACAUUGUUCGGGCUGGAUUCAAGUCUACGGCGGCUGUCUCAUUUCCAGACCGACGCCCACCUCGGACUUGCCCCACCGCGAGGCCAGGAACAGAGGCCAUUAUCAUCUAACACUCGUAACAUUAUCGACCAACUUCCACAGUCGAGUAGACCCGGUUUCGAGGCGAACAGCGACGACUAUUACCUUACUGCUUUAGGCGACGGUGAUUUUUCAUCGCCGUCUCUUCCUCCGAUCAACAGCAGCCCUCUUCUACCUACUAGACCACGAUCCUCUAACCUACCGAAACCUCUCGAAGUUGGUGAGGCAAUGCCAGCAACCAGUUCUCGUCGCUCGAGGAACAACAAAGAGCAUCUAGUCGACCUGACAAAGGAGGAACCAGACUUCGAUUCUACGUCAGGAGUCGACCCUGCAACACCCUCUAUGCCUUCUGUUAGGAAACGAGCCGCUGUCGGCGCAAAUAACGAUGCGGCUUCCAAGAGGCUACGAACAUCUCACUCAUCCCCUUCGAACUCCGGCCGAGCAAGCAGAACAAAAUGGAAACCGAACGAUCAAAAUCCUUUUGCCGAUGAUGGUUUUUGUGGCCCCGCGGACGAAAUUCAUGAAGCUAUUGACCUAUCGAAUGCUGCUGAAGUCCCGUCGGAGCUCAUGGCCCCUAAAACUGACAAUCGCGUCAAGCUUGGCAAAUUCCAGUGCGUCAUUUGCAUGGACGACACCUCUUACUUAACUGUCACGCAUUGUGGUCACCUUUUCUGUUCCGAAUGCCUACAUUCGGCACUUCAUAUCGAUAAUAUGAAAAAGACAUGUCCCGUUUGCCGAACUAAAGUCGAUCCAAAGGAAAAGAAGGGCAAGAACCAAAAGUCCUACUACCAUCUCGAACUGAAGAUCAUGACCGCCAAUAAGAAGGGGAAGCGACCAGCUGUUUCUUCGUGACGUGGCCUGGCGCAUUGUAAGGAAAUGCCACUUCAUUGUCCAGCUGACGUGGUGCAGACGCAGUUCAGAUGAGAAGUGGGACAAGUUAGUAGGGCUAGCAGGGUAGCUGGGUAACCUGUGGAGCGGCAGCAGCAUACCAUGAGAUUUUCA